AUGGAAAAAGAAGUUGAUGAUAAUGGGAAAUUGCAAACUUUGAGAAUACUCAAUGGCGAUGAGACGAGAAUUGGAAAGUUCCUGAUCAGGCCCAAUGAUAAGCCGGACUAUGGAGGAUUCCCGAUUGCGGUUACAAUCCCGGCGAAAACAUGCAUUGCUGAAGUCGAAGUAUAUGAUGUGAUCGAGGAGGACGAAGAUCGAGAGAAUCCCUUGGAAAUCAAUUUCAACCUCCUUCCCCGUCGACUGGCUUCAUAG